AUGAUAACCUGCUACUGUUUCUUGGAAGGUCUGCAAGGGGAGCCGACUGUAUACUUUGUGGUAAACACUGACCAAGGUCAUGGCUGCUUCCCUUUGAACAAACAGCAGCCGCUGAUACUGGAAGCAGAAAACCAACACGGAGGGGAAUCUGACUACCUGGCAAGAGAUGGCCCUUCAAGCAGUGGCUCUUUCCAUAGCAGUGAGGGGGAAGGGACAGACCAUGAGGGAGAUAUAUUGGAUUGUAGUGGGUCCAGACCUCUGCUAAUAGACUCGGAAGAGGAAGAGGAGAGUGGUAAGAUUAAUCCACCUCAGGAGGGAUCCAAAGUUUUCCAGGAAGUCUUGAAUCCGCCCUCUUCUCAGAGCGGAAUGGGGCCGCUUCUACUCAACACUUCCCAACACCACCCUGCAGAAGCUUCUGAUGAGGGAGAUGUCUUUGCCACGGCUCCUUUCCGAAGCUCAAGAACUUUCCAUGAUGACCUGGACAUCUUCGCCAAAGCCCCCUUUGUCUCCAAAAGCCACACAGUUGCUACUCAACCUGAUGAGGGUGACGUGUUCCUUCAGGCCCCAUUCACAAAAAGGAAAAGUCAGGAAGAGCUGGCGUCGUGCAGUGCUGCUAAGGAAUCUCCUGCCGUAGCAGCUUUCUUGGGUUUAACUGGAGGUGCCCAGUAUGUUCUUAAUCCUACAUUCCAGAACCCAGAUACAGGAAUGCACAGUUCACCUCUCCCUCCGUAUUCUAUGGCCCCAUUUGCUCAGUCAUCCAUUGUUCCACCUCAUUCUCUGCAGGCAGGGGAAGGCCAGGACUCCAUUCCUCCCAAAGAUGCACCAAAAGAAUUGGGCAGUAUUCCGAAUGAUACACUCCAAGGACACACACUUCCCCACGAAGCCCUCUUGGGCUCAAACUCCAACAAACCCUUCCACCCACAGUCCUUGGCAAAAUACUCCCGUCACUACGGCCCAGAAGGCAGUCAGUGUGUGGAAGCUCAACCGAUAGCAGCCUAUAAAGUGGUAUCUCAGACCAACAAGCAAGCCAUAGCUGGGUCUGUUUCCAUAGCCUCUCUUUCCUACAGAACUAAAGAGCUGCCCACCGCUGACCCAUUUGCAUCAGCACCCUUUCCUUCCAAACUGGGAAAGUAG